AUGGAAAGCCUGAUCACGAAGAUACAGCAGGAGGCUGCUUCAGCCAGUUAUGUGGAGCGCAAAAAGCUUCUAGACACCUUGCGCGACUUGCAAUACAGCAUCGAGACCCCCGAAGACGCUAUGCAGAGAGUGAUACACAUGAAUCUUCAUUUUGCUGCAAUCCGGACGGCUCUUGACUUGAACCUUUUCAAUGAUAUCCUUGACAGCGCAGAGCCCUCGACUGUCGAUCACUUAGCAGCCAAGCACUCUGCAGACCCUUUGCUUCUCGGCAAGUACCGAAGCUCCAGCCGUAUUCUACGGUAUCUGGUCACGGUUGGAAUGAUUAAAGAAGUUGGCAGAGACACCUUUGCUUCGACGCCAUAUACAUCCAAUCUCGCAAGACCCGAGAUUCAGGCCGGAUUGUACGUCUACUUCGACAUGGUCAAUCCAACUUAUCAAGAAAUGCCUCGUUACCUUGCGGAAACUGGUUACAAGAACCCUACCAGUUUCACAGACGGCAUUUUUCAAAGGGCCCACAAAACCGACUUGCACACCUUUGCCUUCGUUCAUGGCGAUCCGGUGAGAAGUGCUCGCUUCAAUCACUUCAUGAAAGCACAACGAGGGUCCCAACCCAAAUGCUUCGACCUUUACCCAUUUGACGAUGAGAGUAAGGGCUGGCCAUCAGAUAAGCCCCUGUUUGUGGAUGUUGGUGGCGGCGCCGGCUAUCAAACUGCUGCCUUCCUGGAGCGAUUUCCCAGUCUACCUGGUCAUGUGGUUUUGCAGGACCUGCCGGAGCCGGUCGAGGACGCAAAAUCGGUGGUUCCUAAGGACGUCGAGCGAAUGGUUCAUAACUUCUUCGAACCACAGCCUGUCAUAGGCGCCAAGUACUACUAUUUGCGAAUGAUAUUGCAUGACCAUACCGACGAGAAUAGCAAAAAGAUUCUGAGUAAUCUAGUGCCGGCUCUGGGGGAAGAUUCUCUUAUUUUGCUCGAUGAAAUGGUUUUGCCCUCUGAGCACGUGGAUGAGGCGUCCACACAACAUGAUCUGACUAUGAUGACGUUUCAUAGCUCGAUGGAGCGAUCGGAGGAACAAUGGGCGAAGCUUGUAGGAGCGGUAGGGCUGAAGAUCAAGAAAGUGGUAAUGUAUGCACCGGGUUACAAUUUGGGAGUUGUUGCAUGUGGGCUCUGA